UCAGUUGUCGCUCGCCAACGUAGCGUUUCGUACGCUUCUUUGCUGCUCGUGUCUUUUACGUGCACGAGCAAGCACGUGUUUUCCACGGAUUCUUACUCUUCUUCUUCUUCUUCUACUUUUAUUCAAUUGUCUCCGAUAGAUCGAGUCCAGUUGAAUAGUUUUCCGUUACUACCGUUGUACAUUUUCAGUUUCUACUUUUUUCACCGUUCGAAAAUCGUCGGGCUGCUGAAAAGUGAAAGCGACAGAAGAGAUUUUUGAUUCGAUACGUGUGCUUCCGCUAAAUCUGUCGGGCCCUGCGGGAAUCUUCAUGAAUCAGAUUCUCCGUGCAACGACAACAACACUGAAGAAAUAAAACAAAGAAAUUCUUUUUAUUUAAAAUUAUCUCCGUGGAUUAAAACAUCGAAGCAAGUUUAAAUUAAAAAAAUACUCAAAACAUCAUGUUGACUCACUUCGGAAGACGGAAACGAAUUCCGGAUGUUUCAGUGAAAUUCAAACAGAUUUGAAAGACUAUAUUUUACAGUGUGUACAUUUUUCAAUAUAAACAAUCAAUUAUUGUGAAAUUCGAGUUUGUUAAAUUAAUUCACUCAGUGGUACUUCGAACGAUAGCACCCGAUUUGUAUUAUUUAAUCAUGAUGUUUAUGGUGAUAAGAGGUGAUUUUCUGCACGAUCAAAAUCACAGUCCAAGCUGAGAAUUUCGCGUUUUGAUUUAAACUCGAGGAACGGGUUUUGGAAAAUUUUCAGAGAACCAGCUUUACGAAAAAAAAAACGGUAGAAAUGUCGCUGGUCAACUUCACCUUGCCGUAUCAGUCGGCAACGCCUACGCCAUUCUUCUACGGUGGACAAAACGGAGGACAACCGGCAGUGAACAACCUUCGUUUGAACGCCGUGCUUCCGGUUGCGCCUGCUCCGAAUUUUAAUGGACAGGAGUCCUUUCAAAAUGAGCCUUACAUACCGCCGGCCGCUUAUCAACAGAAACAACAACAACACAGACAACGGACAGCGUUGAAUCGACAAGCGAGUUCCAGCACUUUUGUUGAACAGUCCUCUUUCUCCUCCACUCAAGAUACGCGGUAUGCGAAUUACAAUCAGGACUUCAGGAGAACACAACCGAGACAACAACAACAACAGAUGAGACCUCCGCAGAGUCAGGAAAAUGGCCAGGAUAGUUCGAGGACGUCCAGGAUGCCGGAACAGGAGACUUAUCCUGAGAGACCGAAUGGGUAUACGAGAGUCAACGGAGGAAACGGCCCAGGGACAAAAACGUCGGUGCACGCUAUUUUAGAUUAUGACGAUGACUUCGAUGAUUAUUACGACGAGGAACCUGACAUACCAAGGGACGCCCAUGUCACACCCAUUCAAGGACCAAUUUUUGUGAAGAAUGGUUCGGUUCCGGUAGUGCCAUUAUACUCUUAUCCUCAGUUAAAUAACGGUAGCUUCGUACAAAUUCCGAUACUUUGGACUGCCCUUUCAGUCGCCCUGGGCGUGGAACUAAGGGGUGAUUUGGUACGUGGUGUACCAUGUAUUAAAAAAUAUCAUCAGCUGUUCUGUCCAACUGCUGGAAAUACAUACCCAAUAGAGCGGAUAGAACGUUUUAUCGACGAGAAUAAAGCGCUGAUGAAAAGGAUGUAUGGAGAUUUCGAGAUGAAUUCGGGAUACGGAUCGUCUAGUAGGGAACCCGGUCAUCGAACACUGAAGAGAAGAAAAACCAGGGAAGCGACUAACCAUGACAUUCCAGAUGGUGGACCUAGAUUUCAGGACGAUUUGGAUGUAGAGAUCCAGGCUAAUGGAGAGUCGUUUUUCGGUAAUGUCAGGAGAACCAGGAAUCCUAGACAGUCUUCUGAGAAGAAUCGAAACGACAGUGGCAGAAUCGACGCGUGCGAAUCUAAAGUAGAAAUAGUGACGCCAUAUUGGGCCAGCAACAGCGCCGGAAAAGUUCGCGCCAUCGUGAAUACGCAGCACUUCGAGCAAGCCAUUCAUCAAGAAGUUUGCUCGAAAACUCAAACAAAUCGUUGCACGGGAGAUUGCGGUUGCGAACAGAAAUACAAAUGGCACCGAUUACUCGCCUACGAUCCCGAUAAUGAUUGCAAAGGAAUCUUCAUGGACUGGUUUCUGUUUCCAUCGUGCUGUGUUUGCAGAUGCGAUCCGCCUGGUCACAAAUUCACUGCAUCCAAUAAUCGAAAUUAGAUCUUGUGCUAUAGAUUUUCUGUGCUAGGAUAAAAAUGGCGGAGAGAGUUUUAUUUCUUCCUUGGAAGAAGUUGUAAAUUAACACAUUGAUGCACUUUCGAGAUCAGGCGAAAUGAAGUUUGCAACCGAAUGCUGGCUGAUCAGAUUAUUUUUUUAAGUGCCAAUUAAAUUUCGAAGAGUUCAGAUUUUUCUGAGGAAUCACAUUUUGUUAAUUUAAUAAUAAAGUUGACAAAUCUGAUUUUGGAAGAUUUUCUGAUUUUCGAAAAUCUGAUUUUCUGACUUUAUGUUAUUUAGCAGUAAUUAAAAAAUUAUUUUUAAUAUUAUAAGCAAGUUGAACUAGUUAUGACACAAUUGUUUUUGCUGUUAAAACGCAACUGAGAACCUUCUUCCACUUUCUCUUCAUAAGAAGAGAAUUCUUUUCGAAAUUUAAUUAUCAUUUGAAAACAAAAUCGUCGAAAUUGGAUGAAAAAUAUAAAUUCUGAAAAUUGACUCAUUUACUUUUUUACUCUACCGUGAAUUUAAUAGUUUUACUUUUUAAAACACAGUCGAACGCGUUGCUUCGCCGCCAUCUUGGAUGCCUGCAGCAUCAAACUUCUCAAACGUGACAAAGUGCUAAUAGAAUUAUAAUUCUAGAUUUAUAAUACUACGAAUACUGUAAAAUUAUUGAAUUUUUCAUUGCAAAUAGUAUUCGAAGUGCUAUUAAACUGUUUUACUUAUUUUUUAAUUGAAUUGCAAAUCUAAGGAUGAUGCAAUAUCACACAAGAGUUGAUAUUACCUUUUGUUAUAAAUCGUGUUUGAUUGCCGUAAGAUCUAUGUAAAUGAAUCGGACUUCGUUACAUUUAUUACGUAAGUCAUUUGUAAUAGCAACACGAUUUUAUCGUGACACGUUUUUUAUCGUUUUAAUUAAUUAAGCUUUUCGUCUUAGUCAGUAUGAGGUAUUAGCCUUUGUUGCAUAUAAAAUGGCUGGUUUUAAAACGUGGCGAGAUCUGAUUACAUUUGAUUUAUGUACCAGUUUGAAGGUUAACUGUGCUAUAAAGACAGUGAGGCGAUAUACGUAAAUUAUUUGACAGCCUAAUAUAUGACAUUCAAUUUUUAUUUGUAUUAAAAUUAAA